GAGAGAGAGAGAGAGAGAGAGUGAGCAGUCAGCACAGAGAGAGAGAGAGAGAGAGAGUGAGAGAGAGUGACCAGUCAGCACAGAGAAAACAGAGAGAGAGAAGUUGAGCACAGGAAGUGAUCAACAGGCUGUGGGUGGUACGAUCGCUCGCGUGGGCAGCAGGAUUAUCACUGAUGUCUGACAGAAGAUAAAUCACGCACUCUUCAGUUCAACGGGAUGUAAAUGAGUCUUGACAUUAUGAGGAGACUGCUUGUGUUCAUGCUCUUGAUCCAACAUACAACAUGUAACAGUAUUUCUCCUAAAGUAGUUGCCAUAUGUAACCGGUCCAAUGAUCAUUACCCUCAUGAGAUGUUUUCUCAACACCCGUCGAACCCGUCACCCUUAGACGAUCUGAACGGGGAACUGAGUGAUUGUCAAAGCUCAUUCACCAUCAACUGGUCUAUUAAUAUCGACGGGAGCAUCAGAAGUCUUACAGGCACAUGGAUAGCAUUAAAUAUAGAUUUGGAUGAUAAUACGGAGUUUUAUAGAUGUGAAUAUCAGCCUCCAUUUACCUCCAAGCAGAAUAAUCUCAGUGGAGUACAGCAGCUCCAUUUCAGCUUCACUGUGUCAGUGGGUUCUGUUUCGGUUCGGCCCAAAACGAUUUCUGUCAGUGGAUAUAACCUUCCUCCCCCAAACUAUGAGCCAGAAGAAUUACAUUACACUUUCACAACACAAGGAUUUGACUAUAAUGUGACAACGAAGCCGUUGUGUGAUCAGUGGGAUGCCGACGUCUCUUCCGUCCUUUAUGGUGAAAAGAUAAUACUGAUGUUCAUGACCAGUUCAAUGUUUAAUAGAUACACUGUCACGCUAGCCAGAAAAUCACAAGUACUGAAUACCAUUGAGAUUAAAGAGGUGAGUAAAGGAGAGAAGCAUAGAGAGGAACUGACGUACACUGAAGACAGUGAAGACCUCACAAUACUGAUAACAGCAACGUCGUUUGAAAACAAUGAAUGUAAAGCAGCUCUUCAUGAAGUCAACCAUACUGCCAACAGAUCAGGAUUGACUGUCGCUGUUGGAUUUGUGCUGGCCUUUCUUCUCAUACUGAUCUUCUGCUACAUCAUUCGUAAGAUUCUGGGCUGGUGUAAGCGUGGCGGCAGGUCAGCGGACGCUGUGUGUUUGCACUUGUUGGUUGUGUAUCCGGCAGCAGAUUGUGCGUUCCAGCACGCCGUCACGGUUCUGGCCGAGUUUCUGCAGGACUGUGGUGAUGUGAAAGUUGUGAUUGACAUGUGGGAGAGAGAACGUGUUGCAGAACAGGGUCUGAUCCGCUGGAUCCACACUCAGGCCGAGCUCGCUGACAUCAUUCUCCUCAUCUUACCACUUAAACACACACAAGCUGAGGACUUGAAAGUGGUCCCAGCACCUGUGGUGUCCCAUCACACAGUUUCAGCCUCGGCCAGCCCUCUUUUCGCUCUGGCUCUUAACCUCGUCACCGGCUCCGCCCAUGAUCCACGGUGGCGGGAGAAGUUCUGGGUGGUUCAGCUGGACGCGAGGAAGGAGAAGAGGAGCGUUCCCGCUGAGGUGCGAGGCUGCAGGAUGUUUGUUCUGCCGAGAGACCUGCAGAAGCUCCACCAGAAGAUCUGCAGCCGAUCAAACGUCCAGAGAUCAGCGCUCAGGAGAUGCUUCACAUCCCCAAUGUUCAAGGAAGCCUCAUGGAAAGUGAAAGAAGCUUUUGAGCAGCUGGACAUGUCGGACUGUGUUUCCCACACCGUCUGAAUUCCCUCGUCAUCCUAUCCGCUUACACCAUCAGUUUGGGCGUGAAAGAUCCUCAUUGUAGCGAGAGACAUUUCACUCAUUUAUUGUCUGUUUCUUUCUUUCAUCAUGUUUUGUGUUUUCAUGACGAGGGUUCAAAGCUGCUUCGCUUUUGUAUCAUAGAAAGAGUUACUGUGUGUAAUCAUUAACUUGACUGUUCAUCUCUGAUUUGAUUGUUUGGACAAAAGACAUUUGUUUGAAAGUUGUUGUUGUGUGAGAUGUGUUUGUUGACUGAACUGUGCAUGACGAUUGGACAUUUGACCAUUGACUAAAUAAAGAUUCUUUCUGUAUGAA